UUGACGGUGCGAUAACGAAUCGAUCUCAAAUCUUGCGACAUUUUACUGAAAACAUUUGUCGCUGAUGGACGAUCAUAAGCGCGAGCGCGACGUGUUAAAACAAUAAUUGAAUUUUCAUUUGAAUUGCGAAACGGAAUAUGCCUGAAUAAAAUCGGUUACUACAUGUGUCUAUGUAAAAAUAAUACUAAAAGAAAAUAAAAAGAUUAGUGUGUAAUCCAUGUGCCCUUCUGUCUAUACAUAUGAAUGUAUAACAUGUAUGUAUAUAUGUGUACGUGCAAGAGCAAGUUAGCCUUUAUACUAAAUUAAGUUCGUGCAAUGUCUGAUAAAUUGCAAAGCGGCCGGACGAACGAUGAGCCGACGGCACUUUUGCCCAAUACGAGUGAAGUCACCAACAGCACGGCGGAAGUUUGUGAGGACGCUGAUUCGUAUCAAUCGGAAACGGAAAGGCCAAUAAUAUUGGAGCUUGGCACUACACCCAAGCCAGUGGCCGUGAGCGCAAGCGUUUUGUCAUCGGUUUACAAUUCAGAGUAUCCUCUGGAUAUGCAUCUGAGUGGGAAUGCGUAUUUGGUCGCUUCGCACUAUGCGCAUUAUGCUGGACAUACACCCGCAGAUCCUAACUUGUUGCCAAUUGUUACUACACAUCUCUCGCCACCGAUUUAUAAUAAUCCGUAUACUCAUUAUGAGAACUCGUUGACACCACCACCUCCGGCACCGAAUACAAUAGUGCCGCCACACACAAGCGCUUCUUCGGCGGUUGUUUCCAGCGGGAUAUCCACCGUUACACCUAGUGUAUAUCCAACGCAAAUUCCACAGACUGUGAGUACUUGGCCAUUAGCUGCCGAUCCGAAAGGGAAAUCUGUGGCGGAAGUGGUGCCACCACCGAUUAGCAUCAAUUACCUCGAUGCACGCGAGCACAUCAUAUCAAAGGAAACAAAUCCCUCUUGGAAAGAGAAAGCGUUGCAAUUGGAGAAAGAUUACAAAAAGACUGCCUGUGAUAGAGAACGCACAAGAAUGCGCGAUAUGAACAGGGCCUUCGAUUUACUUCGUUCCAAACUGCCUAUUUCGAAGCCUAAUGGCAAGAAGUAUUCAAAGAUUGAAAGUUUACGUAUUGCCAUUAACUACAUUAAUCAUUUGCAACAGUGCCUCAAGGAUAUGCCCAUUGAAACCGGCGCGUCAACCGAAAAUACCGCCAGUCAUGAAAUCAAUGCCGUGGACUACGUAUUAGAUAUUGGGGCACGCCAACGUAUAUCCCAUUUUCACUAUGAAGGUCCAAGACAGUCGCUCAAAGACAUUAAAAAGGAUUUGGAUGAAUCUCAAAGCGGCGGAUGGAGUGAUAGCCAGUAUAUGAGUGCAGAGCAAGAGCAGUGGGAUCGAAAUUGAAUUUGCAAACACAUGAUUUUAUGCUUAUUUAUUGUAAUAUGGAAAAAUACAAUUUUUAUUUACGUUUGUUAACAAUAAGAAAGGACGAAAUUUUAAAAUUAUGAUCAAAAACUAGAUUUUGUGUGAAUUGAAACGC